GUGGCUACAUACAGGGGACGCACAGCCCACGCCUUAAGGAGCUUCGCCCCUAAAAGGCCUGUUCCCUUAAAUGGUUCCUUCAUAAAAAUAUUGUGUCUGAGCCUGCAGCAAAUGAGUCUGUCACGUUUUUUUUUUUUUUUUUUCAAAAUUUAUGGCUACGCUGUAAUGAAAAAUCAGGCUAAUGCAAAUAUAACUUGCUAUUGGCUUCAAGCAUGGUCAAAGUGAAUGCUAAUUAAUAUCAAUUAAUCUAUAAGUAAAUUAAACUUGCAGAAGGACUUUAAUUUUUGUAUGGUACAGGUUAUAAGCAGUAAAAUAAGGCAUGUUUUAAAAUCUGUCAUAUUUAACCAAUGUAGGCUUGUAUAGCAGGCUUUCAAACUUUACAAAGGAAUUGAGUUGCUGGCAGUGUGCAAACUGAACCUUGAAGUGUGGCUUGAUGACUGUGUGGAUUUCCCGAGAGUGAGUGGUCUCGCGGAACAGCAAGCCUAAACUGCAGUAAAACAACCUUUUCAGGAGGUUUACACGAGUUAAAAUUCACCCGUUUAGUUGUUUUGAAUAGGUUUGAAUACCAGACAUUUUAAAUUUGUGUCAAAGCAAAUUUGAAUAUGGCAAUAUUCAAUAAAAUAUUAGAAGCACUGGAAUGUUCACAUAGACCUAAAGAAAAAAUGAAACAGUUACUGUAGAUUUCAGUUCCAUUAUUUGCUUAUAUAAUGAUGAUAAAUGCUUGAAGUGGUAGCCAGUUGGAGCUUUGUUCAAACUGCAUUAUUAUAAGUAUAUUCAUGAAGCAUUUUAUUUUCUUGCCACCAAAAGAUUUAGUAAGAUACUUUGAAUGACCAGGUAAAACAGAACAUUGAUAUCUGCUAUUAGGACAACUGUCACACCACAUUGUGCAUUCAAUACUUUUUCAUAUAAAUAGAACAUCAUUUAGUGACCAUCACGGUACAGUCACUUGUUACCAUGCUUUUUAAUCUUUUGUUUCCUCUGGCUUUACAGUUCUGUCUGGUCACCUAUGUGGGUGGUAUUGUCAAUGCACAAGCUGUGGAAAUUGAGAGAAUACAUUCUUUUUGUGAACGAAACUGCUGUAAAUAUUCAGCAGGGGGCCCCAGCUUCUUGCAUGUCGUGUAGUUGUACAAACAUGUCGUUUUACUUGUUAUACUCUACUAGUAAAGCCAGGGGACAUUUUUCAUUUAAUUAUUAGUUUGAGCUUGUGACAAACAAAAUGAGGCCAAACUUCUGUAACGAUUAUGUAAUGGGCUUUCAUUAAGUGUGCACCAUUUCUUUAGUUGUACGUGCAAGUGGCAGGGUGUGAAAGAUUACGAUGGCAUCCUUGGCAUUUCCUGUUGAAACAGUUGGAGUCCACUGCCAUGUACAUUUUCUCAAGAGUUGACUCAGCCAAGUCGCGUUCGCAGUGGCUGCAAUGAACGGGCCAGGCAUAUGCCGACUAAUAUCACCCCUGAAAGUAGCGGCACACUUGACCAAAAUGACAUCGUCGAAGAACUCCGUCUGAGUUGGAGUGCAGCAGGCCUUCCAAGCGUCUCGACGGCUCCGUCAGAGCCGCAGCAUCGACAGCCACCACUGGCAUCGCUGAAGCGCCGCUGGCCAUGCCAGUUGUGCCCGAUCGUCUGCAGCACAGAGUUCAACCUAACGAGUCACAUGCGGCGUCAUGCAAACCGCAAGCGCCAUGCCUGCCCCGUUUGUCCAACAACGUGCAGCACGCUGUUCAACUUGGCCAGCCACAUGCGCACCCACACGGGCGAGAAACCGUUCAAGUGUGAGAUGUGCCCCAUGGCGUUUGCCGCCAAGGGCACGCUGGUGAACCACCGACGGACGCACACGGGAGAGCGGCCAUUCCAGUGCCCCAUCUGCAACAAGAGCUUCACGCGCAAGUUUGUGCUGCGGGACCACAUGACCUUCCGACACGCAAGCGAAAGUGUCUCGUGAUGAAGCUUCUAGACCAACAAUUCUCCGCUAAUGUAAAUGUUUUGAGUUGGCAUGUCGUAAAGCCAGAAAGGCUCGGUGAUGGAUGUGACAACGGUAGUCCUUUUGACGCGACAGCGUUAAAG